AUGGAGUUAUUGCGUCUUGGAGAAGCUCAUCGAGUUGCUGCCAAUACAAAACUCAAUACCGAAUCUUCCCGUAGUCAUGCAAUCCUCAUGGUGCACAUUAAGAGGUCUGUUACGGAUAUGGAAUCUGAGAUCACAAGUGAAAAUGACCAUUCUAUCCACAUGAGCCGUAAUUCUAAGCCACCAGUUAUUCGGAAAGGAAAAUUAGUUGUUGUAGAUCUUGCAGGCUCUGAGCGCGUUCAUAAGUCAGGAAGUGAAGGACACACAUUAGAGGAAGCGAAAUCUAUAAAUCUUUCAUUAAGUGCAUUAGGGAAGUGCAUAAAUGCUCUUGCAGAGAAUAGCCCUCAUGUACCCGUUAGAGAUUCUAAGCUGACGAGGCUGCUUAAAGAUUCAUUUGGAGGCACUGCAAGAACAUCAUUAAUUGUAACUGUUGGCCCAUCGCCACGUCAUCGUGCAGAAACUUCAAGUACUAUAUUGUUUGGACAAAGGGCUAUGAAGGUGGAGAACAUGUUGAAAAUAAAGGAGGAAUUUGAUUACAAAAGUUUGUGUAGAAAGCUUGAGACACAGAUUGAUAAACUCAUUGCAGAAAACGAAAGACAACAGAAAGCAUUUGAGGAUGAGAUUGAAAGGACAGCAAUAGAAGCACAACAACGUAUAUCUGAAGCUGAAAUGAAUUAUACAGAAGCAUUGGAGAGGGAGAAAAUGAAAUGCCAGAUGGACUACAUGGAAUCAAUUAAAAAGCUCGAGGAAAAGUGGAUGCACAAUCAACCAAAACGUGUAACCAAUGGCUUCAGUAAUGGCAAUCACAGUGCAGAGGGUAAUAAUGAUCAUGCCAAUGAAGAUGUUACAGAAUUAAAGAUAAUGCUUCAAAAAGAAAUUUCUUUACGGAAACGGGCUGAAGAAGAGAUUCACAGUCUUAGAAAUUCACAAUUUUGCCCUACAGAGGCAGAUGCAAAUGCUGAUGUUGUAAAGCUUCAAAAUUUAUUGGACGAAGAGACUCGUCAGAAACAGAAACUGGAAGAUGAGGUUUUGAUGUUACAAAGUAGAUUGUCUCAACUCUCUUUUGGUUCGGGUCAGUCUAGAUACUCACAGAUUGAUGAUCGAGGCAAUGGGGAGACAACAUCAAUAGCUAAUCUUCAUGAACAUGUUGGAUUGCAAAAAAUAUUGUCUUUGCUAGAGUCGGAAGAUCCUAAUGUACGCUUGCAUGCAGUGAAGGUGGUGGCAAAUCUAGCAGCUGAAGAUACAAAUCAGGAAAGAAUAGUUGAAGCUGGUGGACUCUCAUCACUUUUGGCACUUCUUAGAAGUAGAAGCUUUGAUGAAACUAUUUGCAGAAUAGCAGCUGGUGCUAUUGCAAAUCUUGCCAUGAAUGAAGCUAAUCAAGAACUUAUAAUGGGUCAAGGUGGAAUUAGUCUAUUGGCAAUGACUGCAGCUGAUGCUGAGGAUCCACAGACUCUACGAAUGGUAGCUGGAGCUAUUGCCAAUCUAUGUGGAAAUGAUAAACUGCAAACUCGGUUGCGAUCUGAAGGUGGAAUUAAGGCUUUGUUGGGGAUGGUUAGGUCAAGACAUCCAGAUGUUCUUUCUCAAGUUGCACGUGGAGUUGCAAAUUUUGCAAAAUGCGAGUCCAGAACUUCUAGCAAAGGGAACAAAAAUAAUCGGUCUAUGUUGAUAGAAGAUGGAGCACUUCCAUGGAUUGUACAAAAUGCCAACAACGAUGCAUCAAUAAUUAGACGCCACAUUGAGCUUGCACUUUGUCAUUUAGCACAACAUGAGGUAAAUGCAAAAGACAUGGUAAGUGGAGGUGCCCUAUGGGAAUUGGUUCGGAUCUCCCGUGAUUGUUCCCGUGAUGACAUACGUGCUCUAGCACGCCGAACUUUGACUUCCAGUCAAAUCUUCUCUUCCGAACUCCGACGCCUACGUGUCGAGAUCUGAUUCGCCGAUUCUGUUUCUGUGCUCUAGCUUUUCUCCUAAUUAAUGAACUAAAAUUAUAUCAUAUUUUUGUAAUGAUCGUGAAUCAUUCCACUCUGUUGUGGUUGCCUCACGUUCGGUGUUGUUUAUAG